AUGCGCACAUACAGUUUAGCCAGAUUAGGAAAAGCAGCCCCGCCCGUCUUUUCUCUGUCCUCCUCCGCCUGCUGUCGCUACUCCUCCAAACCUCCAAAAAUGGCCGGCGCGCAAGUCUGGAGUCCGCACGGCGACUUCAAGAAAGUGCAAGAAAGUCGCCCUGAGUUCCCAGAAGCCUCGAAAUUUCGCUUCGUCAGGACGCCAAAGCCCGAUUGGAAGUUUGGCGACGGUGCAAACAACGUUGACGACCCCGGGAGAGAUGCAAAGCAUAUUGCCAUUGACCCUCAUGGCCCAAACCGGUCUGCUUCCGCCAAUUAUAAGCUAAUCUUAUCUGCCAUCACACCGAGACCAAUUGCACUUGUCAGUACGCGUAGUGCAGACGGUAAAUUGACUAAUAUGGCCGCGUUUAGCUACUUCAACAUGAUCAACCACGAUCCGCCGCUCAUGGUAAUUGGUUUUAUCGGUGCCACGGGUCGGCCCAAGGAUUCUCUACGAAAUCUCCUGGAGACUAAGGAAUGUGUUAUUAAUAUUAUUUCGGAAACGUUCAUCGAAGCCGCCAACGCUAGCAGCAUUGAUGCGCCUUAUGGGCUCUCCGAAUGGGAUGUUAGUGGCCUGACACCAGAGCCGUGCGAGGUCGUCAAAGCCCCGCGAAUUAAAGAGGCCAUCUUUAGUAUCGAGGCAAAGCUGGACAUGGUCAAAGACUGGGAUAGCAGAUUCAAGCCUGGUGAGGUGACGGGAACAAUGGUCGUGGUUGAAGGCGUGCGGAUCUGGGUGCGGCAGGAUGCUCUCAAUGAAGAACAGACGCUAGUUGACCCAGCCAUUCUUCGACCCGUGAGCCGCUUGGGAGGUAUUACAUAUCUUCGGGCUGCGGAGGCUUUUGAAAUUUCAAGACCAAACUUUGAAAAGGAUCUUGGUGGUAGAGACGGAUUUGAACAGUUAAAGAACGGCACCAAAGAUGCUACAUAA